AUGGCGCUCGUUCGUGCGUUCACUACUAAGCGCAACAAGCCGGACCACCUCACCAACGUCCACAUGGGUCGCGCCGCAAGCCAACGAGGCGGCAGAUUAGUUCGCGGUCUCGACAUCUCAUCCCCGGUGGCGCUCGUGUCGACGACCAACCCGCUUUCCUACGAAGCUCCAGACAUCGCUGGCACCAAGAAAUUCGAGCCCUACCAUCACGUACCGUCGUCAUCCGGAUCUUCGCAUUCGGCAGAGGAUAGUGAUGCGAGCACACUCAGCAUCAACAGUCACACUGACGCAUCUUCCGUUGAGGCCAGCUCACCAGUCAUGCCGGAACCGGAGCCAAACCACUUGAGCUGCUAUUUCAAGCCCAACGUUGGAUCUUCGUCGCCUGGAUCUUCACCGAGCGUAUCCACUCGGACGUCGUUGGUGGAUGCGCCUCAGAUCCCACAACGAAUUCCCUCGCAUUCGAAGAAAGCCCACGAACGUGUACAUCGGAAGCGAUCGGUGCAGCGUAUCAUGUCGCCGCACGCAGGCGGCAGCCGUCGCCAGUCACUCGAAAUGUUCCAAGCUCCACCGGUGGAUGUGCCACGGGAGAACAUGUUUGGUAACGAGCUCGCACAGCUUGACGAGGUUGCGGAGGAAUUCAGUCACGCGGUGCGCGAUGCCGAAGCCAACGCCGAUGCUCACUACAUGGAGUCGCAUGGACUCGCCUACUUCGGUGCCUCGGACUAUCUGACGGAGAUCCACAGCCUCCUGUACGAUGUCCUUCUGGCCGAGGAGCCGGCCUGGAUCUAG